AUGUGGACACUAGGGGGCGACGGCUGCCCCUUCAAGCGGGAGCCCGGCGAAGAGGACGAGGCGAAGCAGCUGGCUCUGGCCGGCCUCUUCCCCUACCAGCCACCGCCGCCGCCGCCACCACCACACCCGCACCCGCCGCCCGCGCACCUGGCCGCUCCGCACCUGCAGUUUCAGAUCGCGCACUGCGGCCAGACCACCAUGCACCUGCAGCCCGGCCACCCCACGCCACCGCCCACGCCUGUGCCCAGCCCGCACCCAGCGCCCGCCAUCGCGGUGCGCAAGAGCCGCGACAAGGCCAAGCAGCGCAAUGUGGAAACGCAGCAGAAGGUGCUGGAGCUGACCAGUGACAAUGACCGCCUGCGCAAGCGGGUGGAACAGCUGAGCCGCGAACUGGACACGUUGCGGGGUAUCUUCCGCCAACUGCCUGAGAGCUCCUUGGUCAAGGCCAUGAGCAACUGCGCGUGAGGCGCGCGCGGCCGCGGGACCGCCCAGGGCCAGCCCCUGGCGGGGACCCGGGGAGUGAUUUCGGGUCGCUGGAUCUCAAGGCUGCUGGAGCCUUACAAGGCAGAACUAGGAGAUUCCGGUGCCGCCAGAAAGCCUGGCCUGUUCCGCGUGUCCCCUCCCUUUCUCUGCGCCGGACACGGUGCGUCUAAGAGGGGAUCAGGCAGUGAGUGGUUUCUCCCUGCGAGUAGGGAGAAUUCCCCAUGGGGCUGAGCUGGGAGCCCAACAACUCUAGUAUUAAGGAAUAACCUUGUGCCUUGGAAAUGCAAACUUGCUGCUCCGAUUCCUACCGAGUAGGGGGAGCAAUUAUGUGCCUUGUCAUUUUAUUUGGGGGGUUCCUGCGUCCUUCCUAAGGUUGCAGCAGGCCCCAUGAGAGAAGGAAGGGUGCAGGCCCAGGGCAGGAGGAAGGUUCAGAGAAUGAAGAUCCGAAGAUCCGGUUGAGCCAGCCCCAGCCACCCCUUAGCCUAUGUCCUUAGAGGGGAAAAGAUUAUAGGGGCUUUGACCCUGAGGUUCUUCCCCUGGUUCUACCAGAAGGUGGAGGGUCCCUGGUUCCUUACCUCUUCCACCUUCUCCUUCCCCACCCCCACCUCCAGCCAGCAACAGGCUGGACUUUCUCUGGAUAGGGAUCACCAGGUGACCAGUGGGAGCCCUUCACCCCUAGUCAGACCAGAAAGCCAGGUCAUGGUUAGCUUUAAGAACCGGUGCUCAAGGGAGUGGUGGCCCGGUGAGAGGAGACCUAGGGAUCUGGCUUUGGGGUGGGGGGGAUGACGGGACCCUGGGACCGUCAGCCUUGUCUGUACUGUAUGUCGCCGGCAUUGCCAUAUGAACAUGAAGCACAGUCAGUCCACCCCAGAGGGACCAGAGUUAUGACAAGCUUUCCAAAUAUUUUGCUUUAUCAGCCGAUAUCAAUACCCGGGUCUGGCCUCUCUGUCCCAGCGGUGCCUCGUGCAAUGUGAGUGUGCACAUCUAUGCUAAACCACCAUUUUAUUUGAUUUUUGUUUUGUUUUGUUUUGGUUUUGCUCAGAUACUUGCCAAAAUGAGACUCUCCGUCGGCAGCUGGGGGAAGGGAUCUCUUUUCUUUUGGUUUUGGGAUUGCUUUUGUUCCCGGGAAACCAAGGAGUUGAGGUGGGCUUCCCCUUUCCCUUCAGCUUUCCCUGGUGGUGGUUGUGGCCUCAGUGCCCUCCAGCCUGGGCUGCCUGCAGGCCUGUCCCGCCAGAGGCCCUGGCUCCCAAGCUGGAAGGAAGCGACCUCCAGCCAACACGUCGCUGGGGCUGGGAGCAGGGAAGGACGGUUUGGUUCUCUUCUUUUGGGGGAGAACACAGAGUUUCAUGUUAGAUGUUUUAUGUAUUAUAUCUAUAAUAUAAAUGUAUCAAACUAAA